UAACUUCUUAUGUGGAAACUUCUUGGCUAUAACAUGUUGAAUAAGUAGUUUCCAUGUACAGUCAAAACUCUGAUGUGUUGUCCUUGCUGUCGCUGACGUUUUGGCGCAAACUGUUUUCCUGCCUUGAGUGUCUAAAAUAACAUUCUACUGUCAAUAUCUACAGAGGCCGUAAGAUCGAUUCAGUUAUGUGCUUCAGCGCUCCCUCGUGGCUUGACAAAAGCUACUACCACAAGAUUUUAGUACUUGAAGGUGCGGGAGAGGAGAUUGAGGUGGACAGAGUGGACUACAGAUGUGGUGCUGCUAGGGGCCAAGGUUUCCUCAGCUAUACGGUUCACGUUACUGUACACUACAAACACUUUCACGAGUUAGAAUAUAAAAACUUUAAGAAAACAUUCUUUAUAAAGCUGUAUAACUUCGAAACUUAUAUAGGGAAGAUGAUUAGGGAUUUUGGUGUAUACAGGCGUGAACAUGAGCUGUAUGAGAGAGUUUUUCCAGAAAUGAACAGUCUACUCAGAAAUUCAUCAGGCGUAACCGCACGCGGUGUGAAAUGUGACGAUGAAAGAAUUCUAGUUCUAGAAGAUCUGGCCGAUCGCGGCUAUUGUGUGAUGAACAGAAGACUGCAGCUAGACAAAUCCAGUUCAAUUGCAGCCCUAAAACGUCUCGCUGAAUAUCACGCAGCUUCUGUCAUUCUGAUGAGGAAAUACCAAGAUUUUUCUGAAAGAUACAAGAAAUUGUAUCUUAUUCCAGAGAAUUUAGUGGGUAUUGAAUUGCACUAUGGAUCUAGCUUCGAUUCACUCGCCACUGCCGUCGGAACGUGGCCAGGAUUCGAGCACUAUGAACAUAAAAUACGCAGUUUUUACGAAAAACAGUUGGGUACAUUGUUACAAGAAGAAGAUAGCGAUUCGUUCAAGGUGUUAAAUCACGGUGAUCUGUGGAUAAAUAAUAUACUGUACAAGCGUAGUACGGAAACUGGCGAAGUGCUGCAUGUAAAACUGGUGGACUUCCAACAUGCCGCUGUCGGUCGUCCAACGAACGAUCUACAUUAUUUCAUUUUCUCAUCUCCGCAAGAAGAGGUAAGAGAGAAGUAUUUGGACAUGAUGCUAGAAGAGUAUCACAAAACUUUGAUGUCAACCUUAAGUGCCUUAGGUGAUGACAGCUGCCAGUAUUCAUUGCAGACUCUGAAACAAGAAUUUGAGGAUACUUUAAUGCUGGGUUUCUUUGCUGCCAACAUCGUUCUCCCAGCUGUCCUACGGGACAACACUGAAGCCUUCGACAUUUUCCAGACUGACGAGACGACGGUGACAGAAAAAUAUCGUGUCUCCUUGAGUGGACUCCGGUGCAAUGAGCGUUUCAAGGAAGUUUACCAGAAAUUACUUGUAUAUUUCGACCGUAAGGGGUUACUGUAGCUUAUUUGUUAUUGCCUACUGGAUGAAAUAAACAGCUGAAAUAAACAUCAGAGGUCACUCCACACCGAUCUCGCUGACUUAAAAUGUAUAAAAUCCGAAGCUAUAUUAUAUCAACUUUCCUCUUAUAUUUUUAACCUUUUUUCCAUUACCCUAAAUAAUGGUUGUUGCAGUUGAAAGAUAUUCACUCACAAUGCUCCCUCCAUUCCCAGAUAGACUAGCCCAACCCAAUUCAACACCGUACUCGUAGUACUAAGUGACUACUAGCUAUACUCGGGUGUCACUUUCAUUUGACUUUAAGAUGAGAAAUGAUAGUGGUUUAUUUUUCCCAGGUUCUAUUCAUUACAGCGAUGUAUUGAAAGUAUACAAGCAACCAUCGUUGAAAGAAUUUUCCGUAGCUUUCUUUUGUUCAGCAAAGCGAUUUUCGCAUUUGUAGCUUUCUCUUCCUGUUCGCUGUGUCAAAUCUUGUUAACUGCCUUCCAGGAUUGUUUACCUUCUCUGGCAUAACUUUCGCAUCAUAUAUUUAAGAGAGCAUUGUCCUCGUCUAUCCUACACAUUUUAUUCGGCACAGCCUUGUUCUUCAAAACCUGUAUUCUAUGCUAAUUAUUAUGAUUAGUUGUCACACAUCCAUGCAACACUCACUAGAUUGUUCAUAACUGUAAUGUUAUGUGCAGCUGAAGCAAUAUUACCUCAGAAAACUUAUGACACUUAGUGGUACUGGUACAGAUGUUAUUGUGUUGUGUUGUGUUAUUUUAUGUAAUUUUGUUCUAUUAGAAACCUUAUCACUCUUGUAUUCACUACUUUCUAGACUAUUUUACUUAUUUGCAUUCUAAAUCACGUUCGGUUGUAGGCUAUCCAAUCCUAGACUGGUCUUGUCGUGUGAACUUCCAAUUCAUUAUUUUAUAUUAGAUUUUUGGGAAGUCGAAAAUGAUUCCAGUGAAAUUCAUGAAUAAAUUAAGUGGAAUUUAGUUGAACACGGCUUGUGUUACUUACUUUAAACUGCCUAUGAUAUUUAAUAACACAUUUACCCUGCCCUACCUUGCACUGCAUUUAGCCGGCGACUGUAUUUCUCAGAAACGGAUAAAGGAUAAGUAAAGUCAUUAUCUCAACAUGACGUGGCUCCCACAGUAGUGCUCUCGGUUACUUUGUUUAUAUUUUAAAUUGGUAGAGAUACUUUGAUUAGCUUAUUGUACAAAUUUAUGGAAGCUAUUAAUAUACAAAGUGCUUUGUACUCUCCUCAUGAUUCUAUACAAUAAUAAUACUAGUAAGAUAGCAAGAUCAUUACGAAGUGUAUCAUCGUUAGAAUUGCAGUGUUCGAUACUUAAACACUGGCGAGAUGUGAAAUUAGGGGCGCUUAUCUGUUAGCGUGUGUCCGCCUCCGUUCAAUAGCCCUCUGUGCGUCUGCCACGCCAAUGCCCUGGUCUCGCGGAACCCACAAAUGGUUUUUCCUUGGUGAGAGCGGCAAGAACAGGACGCUCUGGCCUCGUGAGGCCAACUGAGGAAAUAUUUGCAUAAGAAACAGCAUCUUCAGGGUCUGGAAAACUGACGACAACUGAGAGAGCAGUGUGCUGACUACAAACUCUCUGUAUCCAAAGGUCACCAUUUGGCGGAGGAUGAACGGCGGUCGCUUAGCAUACCGUGGUCCUCUGAGCCUCUUCGCAGAGUUACUUAAUAUUAUGUAGCACCACAUUUUGUGCUGAUGACAUUUGUGAUGGAUGCCCCCUGGACAAAAAGAGACAUUUGAAAAGGCAGGGAGUGAAUCCAUGCUGAUCUUUGGCUGCUCAGUCAGGGAACUCGACGGGAAUCGGUUCCAGUUGAGCCCAGGGCGCACAAACGUCUUUCGUGGCAUCUGAGGUGCGGUCACUGUAAGUGCCAUUUGCCCCGUAGCGCCACACGAGCGCCUUCGUACCAGGUUUUAAUACCUACAUCUCCUGCCUGAACAGUGCUCCUUAAGGUUGCGUCGAGUCAAGCGGUUAUUUUCGCGUCAUAUCAUCGGCAUCUAUGAAAGUUUAAGCUGUGUGUG